CCCACACGGGCGCGCCGAGCCAGCACAUGUCGCUCACCUUAAACAUUACCCGCACCUUGGCGCGGGUCCGACGGCGCCAGCGCCGCAGGAGACUCUUCGAAAGUGCUGCUUCCAUUCUGAGUAGGACCCUCGUCGCAGCCCAGGCAUCUAAGCAGCUACCGAAGGAGGACCAGGACCAAGACGAAAUGACAAGUGUCAGAACCAGUAGCGAGGCUGAAGACGUGAGCCGAGAGGAUCUGGGCCCGGAACCGGAAGCUGUACAACAUUCAGAACGAGUAAAGCCCACUUCAUCAGCUCAGAACCAGCCUCCGCCUCCCGCCAUUGUCUCCUCUAAGAGCCUGCCCGUGGUUCCAUCGCCCUCUGUCAGUCAGCCUCUCAGGAUUUGUUAUUCUAAGAGCCUGCCUACGAUCCAGCCUCUAGUCACCAUUGCCUCUGACAACCUGCCUGGUGUCCCCUUGUACCCUACAGCUCAGCCUCUGGACAUUCUGGUCUCUGAUACCCAGACUGCAGCUUCCAUGGCCUCACAGAGGUACCCCCUGGUGCAUGUGGCUGCACAGAGCCAUUUCCAGGUCCCAGGAGACUCCGAGAGGGAUUUCCAGAAUCAUUCUCUGGCCUCUCAAACUCAGCCUCCACCUGUUCAGGCUUUCCAAACCCAGGCUCUGGCCUCCCAGGCCCCUCUGACCCAGCUUACGCCAGCCCCAUUUUUUCAGACCCAACCUGUGGACCCAUGGGUCACCCUGGCUGUCCAGGACUCUCAGGCCCUGUAUAACACCCAACAGGCCCCCAUGAGCACUACUUUAUUUCAAGAGACUGAGCUCAGACAAUCUUCACAUGCCCAGGAGCCAUUGGGGGGCCAGGAACUAAGCCAGGAAGUCCCUGACACUGUAUCCCCGCUCCCCGAGUCCCUGGCUCUAGCUACUGAGGCCCAGCAGUCAAUGCCCCACGAGAGUGGGCCUGCCCCUACCACCCAGAACAGUCGCCAUCUCUAAUACAGAAGCAGAUGCUCUGGCCUCUGCCAAAACUCACCAAUGUUUCUACAUAUUUAAGAGCCAACUUUAUAAAAGUACAAAUACAUUCAUCUCAUUUUGGAAACCUCCAUCUGGAAUUUUGACCAACUCAUACCAGCAGACUUGCUAGACUGGGCGAGGCGGCCUGAUAAGCCAUGAUCGCCAGCCAGGCCUAGGUACCCCACCAAUACAAGAAUUUCGUGC